GAGAGCUCGACUACCCCGGAGCGGUCCUGCGUGGAUGCAUACUUGCUGUCGCUGACUACAUUCUUUUUUUUUUGUCGCGUUUGCCGUGGUUUCCGGACGAGCAGGAGCCAAAUAGGACAAAUAAGUGAGAUUUGCGCCAUGGGAGCACAGACCUCAGCGCAACGGGACGGGAAGAGCCAAGAGGAUGCGUCAGCCGAGAAUCUGAGCUCAGAGGUGAACGCGAUUUCAGAGGGAGAUAGGUUUGUCGAAGCCAAGCUCCAGCAGAAGAAUGGACAGAUCUCCAUCUCCAGUCUGAAUGGGAAGGCAGAUGAACAGACAGAGCUCAAUGGCCACUCAGAGGACAACACCCUGGCAGAGGAAGUUGAUGGCGUGUCCGUGUCUCAGAAGGAGGAGGUUCCUGAGAUGAUGGACUCCCUCCAGGCUGCGGUGGCCCCUCAGGUGAACAGAGAGAAGGAGGAGAAGGAGUCUCCUGACGCCAACAACAUCACCGGUCCUGAAGAGAAGGAGGUUGAGGAGAAACCGGGCGAGGCCAAUGAGGUGGGCUUCAAGAAGAUCUUCAAUUUCAUCGGCUUCAAGUUCACACUGAAGAAGGACAAGAAUGAGAAGACGGACCCGGUGCAGCUGCUGACGUUGAUGGACAAGGAAGUGGAAGGAGAGACUAGCGGGUCUGAGGAAACUAAGGAGGAAGCCGCCACUGCAGAGGAGGGGAAGGCAGCUGAGCCAGAGGCCGCCACCGUUGAGAAUGACGCCUCAGAGACCACAGUUGAGGCUGCAACUCCAGUGGACGCCCCAUCUGAGACUGUGGAUGGAGAGGCUGCAGAUGCAGUCACAGAGGAGGCUGCAGAGGGAGCUGAGGAGGGAGUUGCAGAGAAAGAGCCUGGUGACCCAGCUGCAGCAGCAACUACCCCAUGUGGCCAGGAGGCCACCCUGUCCCCCUUCAGAAGGUUCUUUACACAGGGAAUCUUCUCCAACCAGCGCAAGAAGGCAAGCAACAAGAAGGCCAAAGAGGAGGAACCAAAAGAGAAAGCAACCGAGGAGAAGAUAAAGGAGGUAGAGGAGAAAGCAGAGGCUGUGGUGGAGGAGGAGGGAAUUAAAGCAAAGGAAGAGGUGAAGGAGGUGGAGCCAGUGACAACACCAGAAACUGAGACACCCGAAGCAUCUGCCGAAGAGAUCAAAGAGGAGAUCCAAGCCGAGGUUGCCAUGGAAACCUCAGAAGCCACUAUUACUGAUGACGCCAAACAAGCAGAGGUGGACGUUGAAGAAGCUGUGGAAUCAGUCAAGGCCCCAGUCGAGGUCACCACCGAGGCUGAGCUUCUCUCAUCCCAGGAGAAGGUCAAGGCCCUGGGAAGCCCACUGAAAAAGCUCUUUACUGGGGCCGGCCUGAAGAAGCUCUCUACCAAGAAACAGAAGAAAGACAAGAAAGAUGCGGAGAUCAAGCUGACCGAGUCUGGGGAACAGGCGGCUGAACAGCUCCAGUCCUCCACAGAGUUGGCAGAGGUCCAGAAACCUGACAGUGGGGCAUCAUCCCCAGAGGAGUCUGGUGAGCAUGCCUUUGAGGUGGAGGCCACCCAAGCUGAGGCCAGCCAAGAGGCUGAUGAGGAGGUAACCAGCUCAGAUGAAGGGAAGAAGAAAGAAGGUAUCAUGCCCUGGUCCUCCUUCAAGAAGCUGGUGACGCCCAAGAAACGAUUCAAGAGGCCCUCUGAGAGCGAGGACGAGGCAACUGUUGAGGAGGCCAAGUCGGCCACCCUGUCCUCCAUUGAGAGCGCUGUGUUUGUGGAGAAAAAGAAAGAGGAGGAGCCGGAACUCAUUGAGGAGGAGCCAAAAACCGAAACCACUGAGAAGCUGGAGGGCAGCACAGAGGAGCCCAAAAAGAUGAAGAUGGACACCUCCCUCUCCUGGGAGGCCCUGAUGUGUAUGGGUGGCAACAAGAAGAGGAUCAGGAAGACCUCUGACUCUGAAGAUGAGGAGACCAAAAUUGAAGAGGAGGCACAACCAACUGGAGAAGAGCAGGUUAAGACCGUAGAGUCUCCUCUCGGCAGCUCUGGAGAGGCAGAUCAAGAAAACACUGUGUCGUCCCCCGAACCGUCCACUAGCCCCACCGCAGGAGAGUCCACCUGGGAUACUCUCAAGCGUCUCGUCACCCAUAGAAAGAAGCCCAAAGACGAGAAGACAGAUGAGUCCGGUGGUGAACAGGUCGUCUCAGACAGUGAAAUUCCCAAAGAAGAGUCCUCCUUCUCUCUGAGGAAACUCAUUCCUGGACGCAGAAAGAAGAAGCUGCUUUCCUCCAAUCUGGGGUCUGGCGAGGAAGAUUCCGACACACCAGCCGUGGUCCCUCUCUCAGAGUACGACAAUGAGCACGCUGAGACUAAAGUGGCUGAAACCGAAAUGACAGUGGAGACAGUGGAUUCUGAGGAAGCAGCACCAAUCACUCAGGUCCAAUCGUCCAUUGAAGAGAGAUCCCCCUCUUGGAUCUCAGCCACGGCGGUCAUGGAAAACCUCCAGGAGAUUCCACAUGAUCAGCUAAGCGACAUCCCAGAAGAAGGUGCCACCACCCCCAAGUCUGCUGACACCACCAUCGCCGAGGACAUUGCAGAACAGACCUCAGAGACAGUCGCAUGCCAGGAGCAGGAACCUGAGCUGUAUGUCGCCGAGGCGAUUGCUUCUUCUGUUGCCGAGAACAUUUUAGAGCAUAUCACAGAGGCAGUCACAUGCCAGGAGCCUGAGCUGUUUGUUGCUGAGGUGACUGAAGAGAUGAUCCCAGCCACGAAUGGCGAAACCACCCCUCUGCCCAAUGAGCCCGAGACUCUGGAGGUCCCACAGGAGGCUGUGGAGCUGGUCAGUGAUCUCCCAAGUCUGACUUCUGUGGAAAUCAUAGAGGUCCCACUGGAGGAGGCUGCGUCCGUCCCAGAACCCACAACGCUGAUCGAGUUCGCUGAUAGCAAUUCAAAGCUUGUCUUGAUGGUACAUGAAGAAAUCGAGGCCACCGCCAUCUGCACUGUCCUGGGCACCAAGGAGAUCGCCAAUGUGGCAGUAGAGAAGCCUGUAAUUCCCACCAUGGAGUGUCUAGCUGAGAUCAGCAAUGCUCUGUCCGCUGAGCUGCCGGUAGAAUAUAAGGCUGAUCCACCUGAGGCGGCUGACGCUAAUGAAGACCCAGUGUUUGAAGCUCAAGUGGAGCAGGUCGAAAGCACAUUCCUGGAGAAAACUAUUGAAGACAUCCCAGAGCCUGAGAUAGCCACUGAGGGUAAAGAGCCUGAAUAUGAAAAGUUCGCCACAGUCAAUUAUAUCCAGAUGGAGGCUGAAAUCAUUGAGGCCCCUGCGGUGAAUGAGAACAUCGUGGACCCCAUCGUACCAACUGUCGAAGACUCCAUUGCCGCUGACAUUGUGGAGGUCUCUGAGGCACCUGUCAUUGAGGUCAAAAGUAAAGAAGAGACAGCUGCCGUCGAAGAGAUCGCUGCUGUAGAGGAGGUGAAUGAGCCUGCCGCCCGAGAAAUUGUUACUUCACUAACUGAUGCCAACAAGGCCACAGUCACUGAAGUGUGCGAGACCAUGUACCUCUUCUGCCCACCGUCCGAGUCCUUGGAAACCCAGCAAGUGGAGGUCACAGAAGCCGUGGCAGUGGAAACGGUCUCAGUGGCAGUUGCAGAGACCGCUGGCGAUGACCAAAUUCAAGUGCAGGUGACUGAGGUUGAUGUUACAGAGGCCGAGGAGACAAAGGAGGCAGAGGCCAUGGAGGAGACUGGCUUGGUCAUCACUCAGGUGGUCAUCCAGAGUGCUGUGGAGAAAGUGUCUGAAGCAGAGUCUGAACCCAAAGUUCCUGCCUCUGCCACUGCCACAUUCACAACUGAAGAUGCACUACCAGUCCAGGCAGUAGCAACGAUAGAGAAAGAGAUUGAACAAGUAGCAGAGGAGAAACCUGUCAUUGCUGAAACUCCUGUAGUCCAAGUUGAGGCACCAGCACCAGAAACCCCAGCAGAGGUGCCUGCUGCUCCAGAGGCACCAGCCGAAGCUGUAAAACCACCAAAGGAAGUCCACAAGGCUGUCCAGGUCAUUGAGACAGUUCCAGUCACAGUUGAAAUCACAGAGAGUAUCAUGGAAGAGGUUACCAAGGAGGUGAAGGAUGUUCUCAAAGAGGGAGUAGAGGAAAUAAAACAGGAAGUGGUAUUAAAGCAAGCAAUGGAGGUCAAUGUAAGUGAGGAGAAAGUUGUAGAGGUUGAAGUUGUAGCAGAGGUGGAACAGACAGAGAGUGAGAAAGAUGGAAAGGCAGAGGAGGAGAUCACAGAGGUAGAGAGCAACAUAGAGGCAGUAGAGGUUCUACAAUCUGAGAUAGAGGAAGUAGUUAAGGAAUUCAAACUUGAGGUUCAACAAGCUGAGGUAAUAGAGGUGGUUCAGGAAGUGAUAGCAGAGGUUCCCACUCCAGAGACACCUGAAGAGGAGUCAGAAGCAACGGUUGUGACAGAAGAGUCCCGAAUCCCAGAGGCCCACACAGAGACCGCUGAAGCCCGAGCCCAGCCAGUGGAGAUAACUGCAGAAGUCGUGGUCCCACAGACAGCACAGGUGGUCAUACAGGCGGCAGAGAUCAUUGAAGAAGAGGCAGCGGAGGAAAUAAUGGUGGAGGAGGUGGUGGAAAUCGAUGCCAUUGUAAGCUCACCAGAGACAAAGGAAGCCCUGGCCAAAGAAGACACAACAGACCCUAAACCCACGCCAGACACCCCUGCCACUGAACCCACACCAGACACCCCUGCCCCUGUUCCAACUGCGGUAGAGAAGGCGAUGUCGGUGAAGUGUGCGGAAGUGAUGGUGCAGGGGAUUGAGGAGACGGUGAAGGAGAUGAAACCUAUCUCCUCCACAGAGCUCACAGCAGCAUUAUGAGCAGCUAUAGAUGCAAGAUGGUUGCCUGGGAGACAGACUGUCCUGACCAGGAAUUGAGUGAGAGUGAAAAAGAGAGCGAGUGGAAGCUAUAUGGAGAAACACACAGAGACUGAGCUCCACCCUACCCUGGCCAGAGUGACUGAGUCACUGAGCGACAACUUCACCCCUCUCCUUCCCCCCUGCCUCCUUCGCCCCUGUCCUGCAGCACCAGCCCCUUCACACAGAGAUGACCCUCCCACACACCUGGAGCGAAGCAUCGAUCCCCCUAAACACACACACACGCCAAGCCACAGUCCUAGUCCCCGCACAUCUGAAGCUUCCCAUCUGGCUUGUAAUCCAUGUGAUGUACGCUUGCUGUCUUGAUGACCUUCCAUCGCCCUUGCUGCAACUCGGGAGUCGGCUGUCCCAUGGAGAGUGUGGUGUGUGUGUGUGUGUAAGAGUUAAGCGUGAGUGCAAGAAAGAGUGUGUGUGUGUGAUCUCAGAGUUGGAGGAUUAUUAUCUUGUAUAUUGUAUUUAUAUUUUAUGAGUAUUUUCUCAUUCCCCCCUUCCCCCCAUCCUUUAUCUUUUAUAUUUCUGAUUGUAUAGAAUAUGUGCCCCAAUGUAUGGAUUUUGCAGAAAUUCUACCUUAACCAUGGUACAGAUGUGAUUUCACUGCAGUGUCCGCUAUCAUUGACUACAGACAAUGACUUAUGUGAAUAGACAGGGCGUGAGGUGAAAGCCAAUAGAAGUGCAACAAUCUUUCAAUAUUUAACCUUUGAUAUGUUCUCUGUCACAUUGUACUUCCCUUCACCGUUCAGUCUGAAAAUAUAUGUUCAGCUACUACUGUAGAUAAAGCAUACUUCACUGCC